GGCGCCGAGAGCUGACGUCACAGAGAACGGACCGCGGAAGUGGAGCCGGAGGGGGCGCGGGCGGUAGCAGGAGCUGGAGCGGUCGCGCGUGUCCAGCUCCGCCCCGCCGGUGGUGGGCCCCAGAUUGUCCUCUGAAGAUUAAUGUAUUCUACCUCAGUAUCUGUUGUAAUCUGUUGACAGUUUGGGUAAUGAUGGCUCAGCUCCAGCCAGGAUGUCCAGAUGAAAAAGAGAAGACUACUGCAUUAAAGGAUUUAUUGUCUAGAAUAGACUUGGAUGAACUAAUGAAAAAAGAUGAGCCACCACUCGAAUUUCCUGAUACUCUGGAAGGAUUUGAGUACAUUUUUAAUGAAAAAGGGCAGUUAAGACACAUAAAAACUGGGGAGCCAUUUGUCUUUAAUUAUCGAGAAGAUUUACAUAGAUGGAACCAAAAGCGCUAUGAAGCUCUUGGAGAGAUCAUCACUAAGUAUGUUUAUGAACUACUGCAAAAGGAAUGCCACUUGAAGAAAGUAACUCUCCCAGUUGAUGCAACAGAGAGUGAACCCAAGAGUUUUAUCUUUAUGAGUGAAGAUGCGUUGACAAAUCCUGACAAGCUCUUGGUCCUGAUUCAUGGUAACGGUGUUGUCAGAGCAGGUCAGUGGGCCAGGAGGCUUAUAAUUAACAAAGACCUGGACAGCGGCACGCAGAUGCCGUAUAUAAAGAGAGCCACUGAGGAAGGCUAUGGAGUAAUAGUACUGAAUCCCAACGAGAACUAUAUUGAAGUGGAGAAGACAAAAGCCCAAGUACAGCUGUCUUCUGAUAGCUCAGAUGAACCUGCAGAAAAGAGGGAAAGAAAAGAUAAAAUCCAAAAGGAAACAAAGAAGCGACGUGACUUCUAUGAAAAGUACCGAAAUCCACAAAAAGAAAAAGAAACUAUGCAGAUGUAUAUUAGAGAUAAUGGAUCUCCUGAAGAACAUGCAGUUUAUGUUUGGGACCAUUUCAUUUCCCAGUCAGCUGCGGAGAACGUGUUUUUUGUUGCUCACAGUUACGGUGGACUUGCCUUUGUAGAGUUGAUGAUUCAACGAGAGACAGAAGUAAAGAAUAAGGUAACUGCUGUGGCGUUGACAGACUCUGUUCACAAUGUGUGGCAUCAAGAAGCUGGGAAAACUAUUCGAGAGUGGAUGCGAGAGAACUGCUGCAACUGGGUGUCCAGCUCCGAGCCCCUGGAUACUUUGGUGGAGUCCAUGCUACCAGACUGCCCUCGUGUCUCUUCAGGUACAGAGAGCCAUGAACUAACUUCCUGGAAGAGUUUUCCAUCUAUUUUCAAGUUCUUCAGUGAGGCAAUGGAUGCGAAGAACAGCUCAGUGAAACCAGCCCCAACGCGGCGCUCCAACAGGAUAAAAUAUGAAGAAUUGUAAAAGGAGGGGAGUAAAAAAAACAAAACAAAACACAAACACCACCAACAACAACCUCUUUGAUGCUUCUUCUCUGCAAGGAGCCUCUCAGCCCCUCAUUAGAUUGUUUUCUUCCUAGAGCACAAGGUUGUGAUGUAUACAUCUAAAUAGUGUUUUGCAUUAUUUCUAGAUGAGUGCAACUGUCAAAGCAAUAUGGGUUCACUGGUUGUGCUUCCUGUGGGCUGUAACUUGGAUUUAGUGCUGCCCAUCAGCGUGCAGAUUAAGGCUGACAGUGGUACUGCACAGUGCAGCAUGGUGCAGCUCUAAUUGCCCUGACAUAGCCCUGCAUCAAGCUGAUUCCAGAAUUUAACAGCUUUGAAGGAAGCAGCAAAAAAGUCCUUCAAGAGGCAGGACCAUGACAAUUUCAGGACAGAACUAAGUAAGAAUUAAGAUGGCUCUAGGUCAGAAGUGCCAACCAGCCUGUGAUUUUACACCCAGUAGCCUUCUCUUUCUCUGGGACCAAGUGGGAUCAACUCUUGACUCUUUCAUUUUCUGCUGAUAGGAGGGUCCAAGAGGCUUGGUCCAGAUUUGUAGGAAAGCCCCUUUGUUGGGGGCUUUCCUUCCUGCCAGAUCAGUGACAGUAUCUGUAGAUCAUCCCUUCCUUCUGAAAGCUCUACCUAAAAAAAAAAAAAAAAAAAAAAAAAAAAAAAAGACACACAUUGCACAUCUUCCUGUUCCCUUUUAAAUGCAAAGAUGCUUCCAUUUCCACAUGCAGGGCUGAUAGUGACUUGCCACACAAGAUGGCAAGGUCGGUCUUUUCCCUAAGCAUAGGAGUUCCCUCCAACUUUCCCAGGCGCUGGAGGAGGGACACUGCUCUUCGUGGGGACUCCACGUUACGUGUGGGGCAUGGGGGAAGCGCAGCUGAAGCCACCACCAUCAUUGUCGGCAGCUUUUCUUCUCUGAAACUAAGCAACAAGACGUUCCUGAUAGCGUGCCCAGCAAGCGAGCACGCUAAUUAAGGUCCUUGAGUGUUGAUGAUGCUAUAUUAAAGUGAUCUUCUCCCCAGCGGCCGUGCCCACCUCGCCUCUGACGCUGUUAGUGCCUUGGAGGCAACACUUGAACACGUGGCUUUGAUACCCUCAUGCCACACCAUCCCAUCCCUCUCAGGCAAUGAUUCCCAUCCUACAGCUGGGAUACGGCAGGGGUAUGGGGAAGUGUUGAAACGGGGGGAUGCCAAAGUGGGGGUGAUGCCACUGUCACAGGGCAAAGUCAGAGGUGUCAAUUUCAAAGGGGAUGCAAAUUGAAACCUGGGCGAAUUUGGGAUGAAAUCGUCGUGCUGAGGGGGCUUUUUGCACUCUUGUCUGCUCAUAGCAGGGUUCCCCCCACCAGCACCAUUUAACCUCUCCCCCUUCCAAGUCACCCCCCCCGGGAGGCGCUCAAGCUCUGCCUGUGCGGAGGGGGGUCAAUGCAAAUUUCACUCCCAGGAGUUUCUGCUCCCAGAGGGGAACCUGUUGCUGGGGGCGUCCUGCAACAGGGAGGAGAGAUCGGGUCUCCAAACGUCGCGGUAACGGAUCUAUUUUUUCAAGUGCAGAUGAGAAACGAAAUGUACAAAAAAAAAAAUACACGAACAUUUGUACUGUUAAUGACCGACCGUUUCUUACGCCUUUUUCUGUACCGCGCCCCUGGCCCACCCGGCGUUGCUGCUUCUGUCGGGCUGUAAAGCGGGACGGAGGAGCGGGCAGGGGUGUCGUAGCCGCUGGUGCGCUUUCACUGAAUGGAAAAAAUAAAGAUGCGCUUUUCUCUC